AUGGUCGUUAAAGUGAUUCAACGGGUGUCUAUUGCCCGUAAUGGUGUCGGGGCAUUUGUUUUCCCUUGUAAGAAAGUUACAUUACAGUAUUGUAACUGGGGUGGAUCUUCAGAUGGUAUGAGACGGUUUUUAACCUCUGAGAGACUGGAUAAGUUUGCUAUAGGGAACCCAUACAUGCAAUUUGAUGUAUUGAGAAAACCUGGGCAUCCUAUAUUGAGAGCUGAAUACACAAAUGGUCGUGAGAAAGUCAUAUGUGUGCGAAACUUAAGUAGUGAAGGUAUUGAGGCUAAACUGAAGUUAUUGAGGGAUUCUAGUGGGGAUCAAUUACGUAGAUGGACCAAGAACGAUAAUGUAAGAACUUUAAAUAGUAGUGUGAGAGGUAUUUGGUCUCCAAUCCAUGCUGCGAAACAGCAUAAAAUAUAG